CCAUUUUGCUUCCCUUUUUCUUCUUCUCUCACCGGAACCCUCUCAAAGUGAUCGUCAAAAAGUAACGAUCGAACGUUCCUUCUUCAUCAGAUUCAUCGUCUAAUCGUUCAUUUCGUUAAAGCCUGCUCCUUUUUUUGUUUGUUUUCAUUUUGUCAGUUUAUUUUUUGAUUUUCAAUUGCAGGUUAACAUGGAUUGGUGUGGCUUGCACCUAAAGGUUGAGUGAAUUACAUCAAGUUUGGCAGUUGGUAUAGUGCCAUAUAUUGUUUAUACAGCUUCAAAGGUUGAAUAUCUAUGGGGGGAGCUUGUUCUAGAAAACAAGGCCAACAGGUCAAUGAAGAAGGUGGAUAUAGAGGUGUAUCUAGAAGAUAUUCCAGAAAUGGAAGCUCGAAGUGGCUGGGAGCCUCUUUUUAUCGAGCAGCUGUUGACGGUAAAGAGGGAAAGGCGACAUGUCCGUCCCUCCUGGAAUUGUGCAUUUAUGAAAUCUGUGAAAAAAUUGAUCAAUAUGGUAGUUUCUCUAUGCUUCCAAGAGAUAUUAGUCAGCAAAUUUUUAAUGAGCUGGUAUUUUCUCAACGCCUUAUUGGAACUUACCUUGAGGCUUUUCGAGACUGUGCUCUGCAGGAUAUUGAUUUGGGCGAAUAUCCUGAAGUUGAUGAUAGCUGGAUGGAGGUCAUCUUGUCGCAGGGAUCAUCUUUACUCUCAGCAGAUCUUUCUGGCUCUGAUAUUACCGAUCGUGCUUUGUUCCAUAUUAAAGACUGUGAGAACAUCCAGGCCUUGAACUUCAAUUUCUGUGACCAGAUUUCAGACAGUGGGCUUGAUAGCAUUAGCGGUCUUUCAAACUUAACAACUUUGAGUUUCAAAAGAAACAACAACAUUACUGCCGAAGGAAUGAGUGCACUUUCUGGUUUAGUCAACUUGUUAAAGUUGGACCUGGAAAGAUGUCCAGGGAUCCAUGGUGGUCUUGUGCACCUAAGAGGUCUCUCGAAACUGGAGGCACUUAAUCUUAACUGUUGCAAUUGCAUUACUGAUGCUGAUAUGGAGCCUCUCUCAGAGCUAACAAACUUGAAAGAGUUGCAAGUUUCCUCCAGCAAGGUGACAGAUUGUGGUGUCGCAUUUUUGAAAGGAUUACACAAGCUUGCAUUGCUGAAUAUGGAGCGAUGCCCUGUUACUGCAGCAUGCUUGGAUUCACUUUCAGCUAUUAUGGGUCUGCUUUAUUUGAACUUAAGCAGAUGUAAGCUAACUGGUAAUGGAUGUGAUAAAUUUUCAAGGCUAAAGGCUUUGAAAGUACUCAAUUUGGGAUUCAACGAUGUUUCAGAUGCUGUUUUGGUACAUCUAAAUGGUUUGAUAAAUUUAGAGAGCUUGAACCUGGAUUCAUGUAGAAUUCGGGAUGAUGGACUGGUUAACUUGGCAGGCCUUCAUCGCUUGAAAUGUUUGGAGUUGUCUGAUACAGAAAUUGGAAGCAACGGUCUUCGUCAUCUCUCAGGAUUGGUGAAUCUCAAAAGUUUAAAUCUCUCGUUCACUGUUAUCACUGAUGGAGGUUUAGGAAAUUUGUCCGGAUUGUCAACUCUUAGAUCACUUAAUUUGGAUGUUCGCCAAAUUACAGAUACUGGACUUGCAGCUCUUACAAGUUUGACCGGAUUGACUCAUUUGGAUCUCUUUUGUGCUAAAAUAACAGAUGCAGGAACAAAUUAUCUGCGCAAAUUUACAAAUCUUCAGUCUUUGGAAAUCUGUGGCGGAGGAUUAACUGAUGCCGGUGUGACGAAUAUCAAGGAUCUUCAGUCUCUGGUGCUUUUGAAUCUAUCACAAAACAACCAUCUGACAGAUGCAUCAUUGGAGUUAAUUGCUGGUCUGACCCAGUUGGUGUCUCUAAACUUAUCGAAUUCUCAAGUAACCAGUAAGGGAUUGCAGCAUCUAAAACCGCUGAAGAAGUUGAAAUCGCUGAGCUUGGAGUCCACGAAGGUGAGUGCAAAUGAUAUAAAGAGACUACACGAAUAUGACCUUCCAAAUCUGGUAAGCUUUCGUCCUGAGUAGCUUUCUUGGGCAUAGUGGAUGGCGUUUUUUUAUAUAAAGCAGCUGGGGAAUCGUUAGCAUUUGUAAAUAUCGUUUUCUCCUCGUUCUGCUGGAAUUGUUUCUGCAUUUGAAUCCUGGAGAUAGAGUGAAUGUUGGCGUGCAGCAGCGAGAUGGCCGUGAAAGCUUUUUCUUCGAUUAUGAUCUGAAUGUAAAUAAAGUUUACGUGGGUAGUGUUAUCUACAAUUAUCAGGUGGAUGAUGUGCAUGAAAUAAAUGUUCUCUUUCCAGGCUUUACUGAAUAAAA